CAUCAACCCAACUAUCUUCUUCUCUUUUAGAUCCCCAUUUUUUUUUUACCAAAAACACAUUGUAAAAAUGGGAAAGGAUCUAGAAAUAGCUGGCUACACCGUCUUGCCGCUUCGUUUGCCCCCCGCCGAGUCAAAGCGUGCAAAGCCCGCAACACAUUAUCUCUACCUCCGACCUCAUGAACCACGCAUUCCCGACGCUGAUACACCCCGCUCGCUAUUCGUAGUCAAUGUUCCUCUCGACACGACAGAGCUACAUCUGCGCCACUUAUUCGGGACCCAGCUAGCCGCCGGCCGUGUAGAGCGAGUUCACUUCGAAAGCGUACCGACGAAGAAAAAGGGAGGAAUGGCCACGGCGCAUAGCAUGGUCGCGAAUGUCUCGAAAAGCAAAAAGAGAAAGAGAGUGACAGCCGAUGAACUACAGAAUCAGCUGGAUAAUGUCACAUUACCGUCUAUGUGGGACCGGGAACUUCAAAAAAGCGGUGCGCAUGCGGUCGUCGUCUUUGUCGAUAAGCCCAGCAUGGAGGCCAGUGUGAAAGCGGCCAAGAAGGCAGGCAAAAAGAAGGAUGGGGAACUUGUCUGGGGCGAAGGCAUCGAGGACCGUCUUCCUCAGUUGGGCUUGCAGCGUUAUCUUAACCAUGAACAGGCCAGGUAUCCUCCCCGCGCGGAGUUGCUGCGCACGGUGAACGAUUUCAUGACGAUGUUUGAAACUGUUGCAGAGGCUAGGAGGAAGGAGCAGGCACUCAGGGCACAGGAACCGGACGAGGAUGGGUUUAUUACGGUUACGAGUGGGCCGAAGCUUACGUCUGUUGCACACGAAGAUGAGGCUAGGGAGUUGAUAGAGAAGCAGAAGCAGAAGUCUCAAGGAUUGGAGGACUUCUAUCGGUUCCAGUCGAGAGAGAAGAGGAAGGAGAGGCAGAAUGAGUUGCUGAAGAAGUUCGAUGAGGAUAAGAAGAAGCUGGAGGAGAUGAAGAAACGGAAGGGAAAGAUUAGGCCUGAAUAAUGCAUUUAUUGUGUGUCGGCAUCGAUUCUUAGCAUGGCGUUUGGGAUAGAUUAAAAGUUUUGACAUCCUCAUGGAUUGGAGAUGUACGUGCGAAGUGGCUGUGAGUGAAGUGCACAUCUUUUGUUCAUCUUUUGCACUGUGUCCCAUUAUAUUCCAUACCGAUGAUGAGGCCGCUGGGGCCAGAGGAGAGCAAGACUCGACCUUGGUCGAUGUCAUGCCAUGCCUUCAAAAACCAGCGAAACCAAUAUCUUCUCACCUUUCUGAAGCAUUAAGCAACCAUCUUUUGUCUAUAGAAUAUUGCUGCAGAUUUAGGACACCUGCUGACAACUGAUACUCCGACUAGGUAC